UAUAAAGUUGUGCUGCAUUUCAGUCGUUUUAUGUACGUUAUCCGCGCGCGAUCCCACGCGACAAAGAUAUACGGCAACGUGAAUCUCUCGCAUGCGCUGCGCUAUGUCGACACUGCGUCUUCGGUUAGACGUAAGGAUUUUUUGGCAAUGCAUGUGCGUCCUCGUGUCCCUGCUCGUCCUGGCCGACGGCUUGUUCAUCGAGUCCAAAGAACUUCUCGUCAAUACGAAAUGGGGCUUCGUCCGCGGCAAGUGGACCAAAACCGUGCGUGAUCGGAGAGUCGCGAGUUUUCUUGGGAUACCGUACGCUCUACCCCCGCUAGGCGAAUUAAGAUUCAGAAACCCGCAACGAUGGAAUCGCAUGUGGACGACAAUUCGCGACGCUACGGUCGAUGGGUCACAAUGUAUGCAACUUUCUAAGGAAGGCAAAGUUGUUGGCAGUGAGGACUGCCUCUAUCUGAAUGUCUACGUUCCCUAUAUUUCAGACAGACAGCAGAAAUCCAAGAACCUACCGGUUUUGGUCUUCGUCCACCCGGGUGGAUUUAUGGUGGGAAAUAGCAACAGCAAAUUGUACGGGAUGGAUUAUUUGAUGGAUCAGGAUAUAAUUCUCGUCACGAUGAAUUACCGACUUUCUGCUUUAGGGUUUUUUAGCACAACGAACCAAGUCUCGCCGGGUAAUUACGGCGUUAAAGAUAUAAAGAUGGCCCUCGAAUGGAUACAAGAAAAUAUUCAUAACUUCGAAGGGGAUCCCAAGUCGGUGACCCUUAUGGGGCAAAGUGCCGGUUCAGCGGCCACUCAUAUUCUCGCUCUCUCAAAUAAAACCGAAGGGCUCUUUAACAGGUACAUUUUGCAGAGCGGUUCUGCUUUAAGUACAUGGAGUGUUCACCCUCGAAGAAGGUAUAGACGAGUGUGUUUGAAAUUGGCGAAACUCGUCGGCUGCCAGCUGAAAAAAAAAGACAAUGACGUAAUCGCGUCGAAUGAAACGACCACCGAAAAUCCGAAAGAAGAAGAUGUAAGUACGAGCGCCUACGGCGACACUUCGGACUACGAAGUGAAAGAUGACGAGGAAAUAAUGAGAUGCAUGAGAAUGGCCGAUGCGAGAAGAGUAGUGAACAUGACGCAACAUUUCACUGUUUGGAGAAAUCAUCCAGCUUAUAACUUUGGCCCCACAUUGGAGGAUGACUCGGAGGACGCUAUCCUGACGAUGCAUCCAUUGAAAAUAGUGAAGAACGGACUGUUUCGCGAUAUACCGGCGAUAUUUCAAGUCGUCAAGGAUGAGGGUUUAGUAAAGUCAAUCGAAUUAUUCACAAAUGCUACGGCCGAGGACGAACUGACGAAGAAUUUUGAAGAAUAUUCGCCCUACUUCAUGGAGAAUCAUGAAGCGAUUACCAAUCGUAGCGCUUUCGUUUCCGCGUUACAGGAUUUUUACUUUAAUGGAAAUGUGUCGGGUAUCUCGGACAGGCAACGACGGAUAAAUAACAUUACGGAGAUGAUGGGUGAUAGCGCAUUAACAUGGCCGAUGUUUCAAGCUCUACAAUAUCAGUCGAGAAUAGGAAAUUCCAGCAUUUAUUUUUCCUACUUCACGUAUGAAGGCACGUUUUCGAAUACCUUCAGUUUGGACACGUCGAAAUAUUAUGGUGUUUCCCAUGGUGACGAUUUAAACUACUUAUUUCCCACACUGAAUAAUAAGUAUCGCAAUUUGUUGCUGCACAAUACGGAGAACGAUAUUACUAUGAUUAAUAUCCUAACAGAGAUGUGGACGAGUUUCGCGAUAAAAGGGAUCCCGAAAGCGUGGAUGAUCCCCGCGUGGCCCAGCUACCACGAUCAUCACGAGUUCAUGAGAUUCGGGAUUGACAAAUCGCCGGAAACUGUGGUCCAAACCGAUUUCCUGUCUAACAGAAUGGAAUUCUGGGAGAAGUUGAUGCCCAACGAAUCGACGGAAUCGAUGAACGACGUGUUUGUCAGCGAACCGGAGGAGGACGUACCUACCAGUAACGCGAUCAAUCGUAGAUUAUCAGUUCAGUUUGCAUCAUUAGCAAUAAUUUACUUCUACAUAUGAACAAAAUUAUCCUAUCUACGCUCGAGAGGAUACAUUGUACAGCAAACAUACGAUAAAUCACAUAAAUUAUGAGCUGUUAUCGAGCAAAUUAUUUCCGCGCAUCUUAUCGCACAUAUUGUUAAACGAUUUUUCCACACGGGCGGUUUAAACCAAUAAAGUUCAAAUUAUAUGUCAAAACUGCCUGCGGUAUAAAUGCAAAGAGAAAAAUACACGAAUAUAAAUAAAUAGAUGUAGCUUUUGUUUAAUACACGAAAUUAUAAAAAAUAUUUAUCUCGUGAAAUACAUUUUCACUGUUGUAGUUGAUAUAAUAUUAUGUGUUAUUUAAAAGCGCCAAACGUAUAAACGUAUGCGCGAGAAAAUAUGAAUGCAUCAAAUAUGAAUGUAGAAAAAUAUAGACAGAACAUA